CGAGAAAAGUAAUUAAUUAUAGAUCAUACUGUCCUUUAAAUCAAAAAUAUAAUGUAUACCUGAUGGAAAUAACAAAGAUUUUUUCUAGAACAACAAAUAUAGAUAAAAGAAAAGAAGAAAUUGAAGAUACACAUAAGAAAUACAUCUUAAAUGGAUAUCCAAAAAGAUUACUAAAUGAUUGGUUCCACAGAUUUUUAAGAAACAGGUUUAAAGUUAAACGUUGUCAAGAAAUAAUAAAAUUGGCUCCAUCCUUAAAUAACAGGUUAUCAAAUAUGAUGAUCAUCAGAAAUAAUGCUAAAGAUAUAUUAGAAGAAGAAGGUGUUGUUUAUCGGAUAGAAUGCACGUGUAACAAUCCUAGUUUUUACGUCGGUGAAACAAAACGAAGAUUAAGGAUCAGACUGUCGGAACAUUUGGCUGCCGUAAGGUUGAAAAUGAGUAAUUCUCCUGUCUUCCAACAUUGUAAUAGUAAUAAUUGUCAGAUUAAUAUUAAUAAAUUAAAAAUAAUUUUUAAGGAAAAAAAUAUUGUAAAGCGAAAGGUAAAAGAACACUUCGCUAUAAUUAUGCAAAACAAUAAUGUUAAUUUAAAUACCGGAAUGUUAACAGCGGCAUGCUGGGAGUUUUUUGUUAACUGUAUAAGUGGCUCUUCAAUGAGUUGACUGUUUGAACGUAGAUUUUGUGCUGUAAGCCCCACUGAAGAGGCCAUAGGCGAAAUGCAUUUGGGAAGCUUGUUAGUAAUGAUGUAAAUAAAAAUUUUUUUCUCUCUGCAGAUUAUUUUCUUUUUUAUACCUUUUUAAACUCUGUUUUUUAAA